AUGAAUUUCACUCUGACAUAUCAGAAUUUCAUCACAUUAUCUCCAGAAAUUCGUGAUUGGGUUUUAAUCCCUUUACUCAUUGUUACUGUGUGUUCUAAUUACCUUCGAACUUAUAUAAAUAAUUAUCUUGGUGGAGAUGAAAAGCGUACUCCUCGCUCUCAACAGGAAGCAACUAUUCUUCAAAAAGCUCAACUCUUUUGUGAACGACAUUUUGUAUUAUUCUCUUCUACAGUAAAGAAAUUACGUGCUAAAUUCACAGAUGUUGAUAAUGGAAUUUUAAUGAUUCAAAAAGCUCCAACUGAAGAUGGAGUUCCAAACAUGCCUCAAAUGGAUCCAACAAGCAUGCUUGGAGGAAUGAAAGGAAAUAUGGUGAUGAUGAUCAUUCAAAUAGUCUUAAUGACUUGGAUCGGAAGCAUGUUCGAUGGAUUUCUUGUAUUAAAAAUGCCCUUCCCAUUGAGUUAUCGAUUCAAAUUAAUUACCCAACAAGGCCUUGGAGGAAUGGAUCUUGACGUGUCUUAUGUUAGUAGUAUGAGUUGGUACAUUUUAAUUUUUGCUGGUGGAAGAUAUAUCAUUCGAUUAUUUGAUUUAAAUGAUAACGUAAUGGAUAUGAAUGCUGCUAUGGGAAUGGCAAUGCCAACUGGAAAAUCAAAUCCAAUGAGUGCUAUAACAGGUGUUGUGAGUAGUUUUAAUAGUGCUGCUGACAGUAUUAAUAUGAUUGACCAUGAUGACAAAUGUUUGAUGGAUACUAUUGAAGACGAUGUUAUGAAGGACUUAGGACUAAUUACUGAAACAAAAACCCAAAACAAAUUGAAGAAAGAUUAA